AUGCUGGCCAACGACUUUCAGCUUACUUUUAACAUAAAUGGUAGUCGUGCUACUGUUCCCCUAAGUCAUGAUAGGAAAUAUUUAAACACACAUUAUACAUUCAAACUUUUCUCAAAUUCUAACGGACAUUUAAGGAUCAAUUCCAUUCAGUCAUCCAAUCCAGUCAACAUUUCAAGCGGAAAACCUAUCAAUAUCACUUACAAUUUUGAAAGAAUCAAUUCCGUGAAAUAUUUUUCAUUUCCAGACUCUCUUAAGAAGGUUUAUUUCUUCAUAGCAUUAUUCCUUGCUAUAUUUUUCAUUCUCAUUGUCAAACCAGAUUUCUCAUCUCGUCCUGUUUCUGCAGUCGUGUCCGCAGUACCUCAAAACAGUUACAUUCUGGCCGUGUUUUGUGGAGCCGGUGCUGGAAUUAUCGCGUUUUCUAUCGCUCUUUCAAUUAUUUUCUCAAUAAAACCGGCAGCUUACAAAUCCUGGUGGCUUACGUAUGCUAUUCCUGCUGCAGCAUCUUCGUUCAUCAAUAGUAUCGUUACAUCUUUCCUUUGCGUCACUUGGAAAUUAAAAGAUAUCGCAUCUGCCCAUUAUUUCGCGCCAUUACUCGUUCCAGCCGUAUUCCUUACGAUUUUGUUUAGUAUACUAUGGAUUCCUGUUUGCGUAGGAAGCUGUAUUAGCAUUCCUUUGAAAUUAAUUUUUUAUUUUAUCAUUUCAGUUAUAUUUAUUAAGCUUCCUGUGAACCUAAUUACAUCCCUUAUUGCAAGUUUAACAUUUAACUUCAAUAAUUUCCAUCAUUUGAUCAACAUUUCCGUUCGUCGUCUUGUUUUCAAUCGCAGAAGCUUUUUAGUCUUCGCCAACUGUCUUCUUUUUGUUAUAAUAUUCCCAGCAUCACGUUCUAUUGAUAAUGCCUUCAAAUAUCCAACAUCAAAUGUAAAUUGGUUCUCAAUUUUCUAUGUAAUACCAAUUUGGUUCUUCUGUUGCAUUUGUAUAGGUAUAUCAAGCCUUGCCCUCGGAGAUGCCGAAGAUUGGGCGAUGUUUGCUUUCAUAUCUGCUGGUGGAGCCGGAUUUGUCUUCUGGGUGGUCAAAAUGAUCAUCUACAUAUUCGUAGAUAAGAUGAAUGGAACUCUUCAGGUCUCUUUCCAAGCAGGAAUCGUUGGUUUCAUCUGCGUCUUCAUAUCUCUAGCGGGAGGAUCCAUAAGUACCCUCUCUGCAUUGUUCUGGAUCAUGAUCAAUGGAUAA